UUUCCGGAGGGGCUGACUUUAGCCAGUAGUAGUGGCGAACAUGGCGGCUUCGGGGGCAAGCGGGCCAAGCUCAGCUUCCAAUCCUCGGAAGUUCAGUGAAAAAAUUGCCUUACAAAAGCAGCGACAGGCCGAGGAGACUGCUGCUUUCGAGGAGGUUAUGAUGGACAUCAACUCAACACGGUUGCAGGCCCAGAAGUUGCGAUUAGCACAUGGCCGUGGGCCUUACUAUGGAGGAUCACUUCCAAAUGUGAACCAGAUCGGGAGCAACACAGCAGAGUUUCAGGGUCCCUUCCAUUCAAACUUGGAUACAGUCCGUGGCACACGACAUCAUGGGCUUGUGGAAAGGGUGCAGAGAGAUCGUCGAAUAAUGUCUCCUCUUCGCCGCUACAUGCGACAUGUGGAUAGUUCUCCCUACAGCUCUGCUUAUCUGUCUCCUCCCCCGGAGCCUGGCUGGAGGAGGAACAUGCCUUGGGGUGACUUUCCUGUGGAGAAAGGACAGUUGUAUAGACUUCCAUCAACACUCAGCAGAACAAAUUCGGAUUCUGCUCUUCAUACAAGUGUAAUGAAUCCCAACCCUCAGGAUGCUUUUGCUGGUCCUGCACAGACCAUCCCACUGCAGAGCAGGAAAAGUGGAUUUCCUUUCCAAGUGCCUAACAUUGAAGAGAGUCUUCUGGAAGAAAGCAAGCAUUUACUUAAACCCUGGGAUUCAAAAAAGCUUCAGUUUGGAACUUCUCGACCAAAAUCCUGUGAAGUUCCUGGAAUCAACGUUUUUCCUUCGCCAGACCAGCCUAAAAGUAUGCCAAUGAUGCCAGCCACAUUGAACACAGGAGGCUCACUACCAGACCUAACAAACUUACAUUUUCCUCCUCCACUUCCUACGCCACUGGACCCAGAGGAAAACUCAUUUCCAUGUUUAAGUGGAGGAAACAGUACAACCAACCUGGCUAAUACCAUGACACAUUUGGGCAUCAGCAGCUCAUUAAGGACUGGGAUGGGGUUUGACUCAUCAGGACUUGCUUCAUCUUUACAGAAUUCUUUGUGCAGUCAACCCCUUCAGUCAUCGCUUAGUAAUCCCAAUCUCCAGGCUUCACUGAGAGGUCAGUCACUGCAUUCAUCACUUCCCAGUUCCACUCUCCAGUCAUCCCUCAGUAACCCAUCCAUGCAUUCAUCUCUGAGCAGUCAGCCAUCGAUUUCUAGUGCUUCCAUGUGCUCUUCUAUCAGUAAUCCCUCCUUGCCUUCCACUAACAACAGUCAAUCGAUACAGUGUUCGACCAGCAAUACUGGCUUACAGUCCACCUUUAGCAACUCAUCUGUCAACUCAUCUCUUUCUCAAGUGGGAAGCCACAUGUCUCAGACACAACUCAGUACAUCACCAAGGCGUCGGGCCCCACUGAACCCUCUGAUUCUUCCAGUUGCUGGAGAACAUAGGUGGCAUCACCCAAAGCAGUUUUCGCCAACAAUGUCACCUACAUUGUCUUCAAUAACACAGGGAGUACCAUUGGAUACCAGUAUUCGACCUUCUGACCAGCGACUGCCACCGUACUCUUACAGCCAGACAGACUUACUGUUAAAAUCCCAGCAACCAAUGCAGAAACCAUUGCAGACUCAGAAACAGUUGCCACAGACACCUACAUCUCAAGAGUCACUACAACAGUCGCAGGAAGCCUUGCUGGAGGAUCAUCGCCUAUCUCAACGGACAAAGCAGCUCUCUCAGCAGGAGUCCCAGCAUAUGCAACCAUUUCCCCAACAGUCAUUGCACCAUGCACCUAAGAUCUCCCAGCAGUCAUUGCAGGAGACACGACAACUUUGUCAUAAGUCAUUGCAAAACACACAACCACAGCAACUCUCCCAGCAGACACAACCAUUCUCCCAACAUUCAUUACAGCAUACACCUCAGCUCUCACAGCAGUCUUUGCAGGAUACACAACAGUUUUCUCAACAGUCAUUGCAGCAUACUCAACAGCAACAUCAAGAACAGCAGCAGCAACAAAAUCAGCAGCACCAGCAGCAUUCCCAGCACUCUCUUCAGCAAGGCACACCUGUGCAGCAUCAUGAACAGUGUCAUUCUCAGUACCAUCACUCCUCCUUAAUACAGCAGUUCAAUCAGCCAUCAACAGACUUCAACUUUGGAAGUCAGAGCUCUCUGUUGAACAGUGUUUAUGAUGAUGGGUGCUUUGAUCAACAGCUAAUGAUCCAGCAAACAUAUACCUUGUCACAGCAGUUUGACUAUUUUCAAAUGAUGGAAGGCUCUUCAGGUGGCUACCCACUCAGCAGUUCCAUUUUUGGAAAUUCAAGUGCCUUAAAUUUCUCUCAGGUGGAAUCCACAGGCCUAACUGGAAGUUGUGGCAAUUUGCAGGAUCCACAACUGCUUAACAAGCAGAACCUGAACUGCUCAAACCGGCAUGCAGACAUCCCAAAUAUCAUCUUAACAGCAGGAGAUUCUCCACCAGGCUUCUCUAAGGAAAUAACUUCAGCCUUGUCAGCUGUCCCAGGCUUUGAAGUGGACACCUCUUUGGGCUUGGAAGAGGACCUCAGGAUUGAGCCUCUCACUUUGGAUGGACUUAAUAUGCUGAGUGAUCCAUAUGCUCUUUUAACAGAUCUUUCAGUGGAGGAUUCAUUCAGGACAGAUCGCUUACAGUGAGAAAGGCAAGAACAGAGGAGAACAGCGACUAAGCAGGGAAGAGAACACUGUGGAAGGGGAACAGAAGCACUUAAAUCAGUCACAGCUUUACAGAAAUUAUUCUCCGUUUUUCCAAAGUUUGGGAAGCAUGGCCUAUUGAGGUAAUCUGUUUUGUUUGAAGCAAGAAUGCACUGUGAAGGGAAUUAGGAAAACACCAUCUAAUUUAAGACCAUUCAGUGGAAGAUUAUAUGAACUUAACAUGCCAGUAAACAAAAUAUUUCAGAACUGAAGAGAAAACAAGAGACUAAAAUGUAAUUUUUUAAAAAAUAAAAUACUUGGCUGCAGUGUUUUUACUGCUGUAAAUAUGCAAAAAGUCUGGAGAAGGUAUGUUUUUAUGUAAGUCUUUCCACUGAAAAAAUGUAUAAAAUAUUAGAGAAAUACAGUGUACAUAACAUUUAAUAUUAGCAGUGAAAUAUAUAGAGGAAAAAAGAAGGGCUUUAAUUGAUCUUUAAGAGAAAUUUGACUUUUUUAACAAGAAAAUGUGUUUAUAUUCUUAUUUUACAAAUUUAAUGUGUCAUAGUGUUCUUAGAAACGGGAAAUGCACUUGUAACGCAUUUGGAUAGUUGGGAGUAAAAUUGCCAGCUUUUAGAAAUAAGCUGGUACGUCAAACAGGCUAGUGUCAUGAUUGAGAUGGCCACUGUAAAAAUAACACCAUUGGUUAUCAAGAAAGUACAUAAUGGUAUGAUACAAUUGAUGCUUUUCUGGACGUGGAGGGAAUUGUACAGAUAACUGAUAACCAUGCCUUGGCAGAUAGUCCCUUUUCAUGCGUUACUUGCCAUUUUGAUAUUUGUACAGCAAAUUGCUGAAAUGUUUAGUAUAAAAAAUUCAGCUUUAGUAUUUAGGAUUAUGUUUAUGUUCCUGAAGUGCAGAGAAAAAGAUACCAAACUAGUGAUGUACUCAGGAAGCUUAGCUUCAUCACCAAGACUGUAAAAGUGUAUAUUUCUGUACCUUUCAGGCUGAAAGACCAUUGUACAGACCAGUGGUACUGUUUGAAGCCUGCUGCACACUACUACUGUAGUUUUGAAGGCAAGAUGAUAUUUAUUGCCUGAAGUUUGAUAAUUCUGUUUCACAAACAACAGUGAAAGAUUUUGCAGUUGCAAAAUUCCAAACUCACUUGGAAGGUUUGAGGAAUCCCCACAUUUUCUCUUUUGAAAUGUUAUUAAAUUAAUUUAAUAUUUAAUAUUGUUUAAGGUCAUGUUCUGCUAAAUAAGACAGCUGGAGUUUGUUCAUGUAUGUAAUGUAUUUUGUGUACUGUAUAUAUGUUUCAGAUAUCCAAAAGAAGAAUAUGGUAAUUUUGUGAACAGCAAAGUAUGUACAUAGUUCACAUAGCUUGGCGAAAAAAAAAACCUGAGUGAGAACAUAAGUCCUAAUUAAGACUGGUCUUUGUCUUAGCAUGGUUUACAGAAAAUUGUUAGCAUUGUUGUAGUGAGAAAAAAACUGCUAUGUGAAAAUAACCAAAAGUCAUGGAUCCAUUUAUUCAUCAGAUUACCUCUGUUCCAAAAAGAUAAUCAACACUGAUUUGUAUGUUUUUAAAAGUACAUUUCAGUGCAAGCUUCUGCUGGGAGGCAGUGCUUCUUAUCCCACUUUAUGACAGCAAAAUGUUACUGUAUCAUUCAGGAGAGACAUUAUGUAAGAUGUCAUGACAAACAGUACGGGGUGGAGAAUAUGCUAAAUGUCACAUAAAUGUUGAGGCAAGACCCAGACUGGACAGCUUUGUAUGUUCCAUAUAUCGUGGAAAUAGCCCACACAGAAAUGUAGUACGUGUUAUCUUUUUUAAGUACUGGAAGCAGAAUGUGGAACAAGUCAUUUUACAGAAUGAAAGUAAAAUCAGGAUAUGAGAAAAGAUUAUAAAAAACUGCAAUUUAAUAGCUGUUAUGAAACUGUGUACAUACAACUGCUAUUUCGGCUAGACACAUCCUUGUCUUUAAUUAGCCACAACCACAAUCCA